GCUGGUUCCCAAGCCAACGGAUCAACAGGUCCAGCUCCAAGGAAAGAAUCGGUGGACUCCUAGAGCCAGCGCCUGCCUCUCGCCAUGUGUGCUGCCGAGGUGGAUCGUCAUGUAGCCCAGAGAUACCUGAUCAAGCGGAGGCUUGGAAAGGGGGCCUAUGGCAUUGUGUGGAAGGCCAUGGACCGGAGGACUGGCGAGGUUGUGGCCAUCAAGAAAAUCUUUGAUGCCUUUAGGGACCAGAUAGAUGCUCAGAGGACCUUCCGUGAAAUUAUGCUUCUCAAGGAGUUUGGAGGCCAUCCCAACAUCAUCCGCCUGCUUGAUGUAAUCCCAGCGAAGAAUGACAGGGAUAUUUACCUGGUGUUUGAGUCCAUGGACACCGAUCUGAAUGCGGUCAUCCAGAAGGGCAGACUAUUGAAGGACAUCCACAAGCGGUGCAUCUUUUACCAGCUCCUGAGAGCCACCAAGUUUAUCCAUUCAGGGCGCGUCAUUCACCGGGAUCAGAAGCCAGCCAAUGUUCUAUUGGAUUCUGCUUGCCGGGUGAAACUCUGUGACUUUGGCCUGGCACGCUCCCUCGGUGACCUCCCUGAGGGGCCUGGGGGUCAGGCCCUGACAGAGUAUGUGGCCACACGCUGGUACCGAGCUCCAGAGGUGCUUCUGUCUUCCCGAUGGUAUACCCCUGGGGUGGACAUGUGGAGCCUGGGCUGCAUAUUGGGAGAAAUGCUUCGAGGGCAGCCACUGUUUCCAGGGACGUCUACUUUCCACCAGCUGGAGCUGAUCCUGGAGACCAUCCCAUUGCCUUCCAUGGAGGAGCUCCAGGACCUUGGCUCAGACUACAGUGCUUUGAUUCUGCAGAAUCUUGGGUCAAGGCCACAGCAGACGCUGGACGCCCUCCUGCCGCCAGACACCCCCCCAGAAGCCCUGGACCUCCUCAAGCGACUCUUGGCGUUUGCUCCGGACAAGCGGCUUAGUGCAGAGCAGGCGCUGCAACACCCCUACGUGCAGAGAUUCCAUUGUCCCGACCGCGAGUGGGCACGGGAGUCCGACGUGCGGCUCCCGGUGCACGAAGGAGACCAGCUCUCUGCACCAGAGUAUCGCAAACGCCUGUACCAGAUUAUCCUGGAGCAAAGGGGGAACAGCCGCAGCCCUCGAGAGGAAGGCCUGGAGGUUGUGGCCUCGCGGGCUGAGCUCAGGGCUUCCCCGGCCCGGACGCAAUCGCUCAAGCCGGGAGUCCUCCCCCAGGUCCCGGCAGAGACGCCAGCGCGAAAACGCGGACCCAAACCUCCGCGUAGCCCUGGUGAUGAUCCUGAGCAUGUGGAAGUUCGCAGGCAGAGCUCAGACCCCCUGUUCCAACUUCCGCCGCCAGGAAGGGGGGAAAGGCCCCCAGGGGCCACAGGGCAGCCACCCUCGGCACCCUCAGGGGUAAGUCGAGGCUGGGUGGACAAGGAAGAGCCUCCUGCGGUCCCUAUCCGUGACCCUGUGGCGCACCCCUUCCAGGUGAAGACUCAAGUGAGGGCGAUGGCGCCGUCCCUGACUUCACAGGCAGCGGCUCAGGCGGCCAAUCAGGCUCUGAUCCGCAGUGAUCCGGCCCGGGGCGGUGGGCCGAGGGCGGUCGGCGCGCGACGGGUGAGCCCGGCCUUUCCCAGCUCCUUCCAGUGCGGUUCGUACCCCCCAGAGCCCUGCUCCACUCUUCUCCCUCCUGAACAAGACCCUCGCCUGCGUGCAGGUCCCUUCCCGCCUGCCCCGGGAGGCCCCGGAACCCCGACCCGGCCGAAGGAUGUUUGGCAUCUCGGUCUCGCAGGGGGCCCAGGGCGCAGCCAGAGCUGCGCUUGGCGGCUACUCCCAGGCCUACGGGACAGUGUGCCGCUCGGCUCUGGGCCGCCUGCCCCUGCUCCCCGGACCGCGUGCGUGAGCCACCCACCCACCUCCUUGAGGCAACCCGGCGCCGUCCCCCAGACCCCAGUGCAUCUUCUCCCUCCGCUGCCUCCCUGCCUUCGAGUUCCGGGAGGGUUCUUUGAGCCUCUCCCCCCUAAGGAAGAGUAGAUGGAAGUCUCCACUCCACCCCCAAUACUUUCUUCCAAUAAAGUUUUAUCUUUCCUAGCCCA